GAGCUUAUAAAUUUAUGAUUAAUGUAUUGUAUUUUAUAUAAUGGAUCAAUAGCAGCAAUGCAGUAUAAAAGGAUGGACAUGUAACGAGCAAACAAGCAUUUAGAGAAAGCCUUAGCAUACAUCGAACACCCAUCAAAAGCAACAAGCACUACAAUCAUCAACAAUAGUAGUAUCACCACCACCACCACCACCACCACCACCACCACCAACAACGACAACAACAAUGGCUUCCCAGAAAGGCAUCGCUCUCAUCCUCGGCGCCGGCUCCAACGUCGGCCAAGCCCUCUCCAGCGCAUUCUCCCAAGCCGGCUACAAAGUAGCCCUUGUUUCGCGCUCCAUCAAAGAGUCCUCCUCAGACAAGCAGCUCCAGAUCCCUGCAGACCUCUCCAAGCCAGACACCGUCCCGUCAAUCUUCGAAUCCGUCCGCCAGAAGCUCGGCGCCGAUCCCAACGUGGUCAUUUACAAUGCCGCCGCUCUGACGCCGCCCGCUGAUGGCUCCAAUCCUUUCACCGUCGACAUUGAUGCUUUUGAAAAGGACCUGAGGCUGAAUAACACCUCGGCCUAUAUCGCAGCCAGAGAGGCCGUUGCAGGCUUUGAGAGGCUGGACAAGUCCUUGUCAAAGGCCUUCAUCUACACUGGCAACUGGCUCAACGCAGUCACCAUGUCUAAUCCGAUUUUCGUCACGCUUGCUGCUGGUAAGAGCGCUGCCGCCGCGUGGAUCGGCGGUGCAAGCGUGCAUUAUAAGAGCAAGGGCUACGGCUUCUAUUUCGCCGAUGAGCGUACCGCUGAAGGAAGAGCAGUUACUAGUGGCGUUUCGGGCGCUGCCCACGCAGAGGCGUAUCUGAAGUUGGCUGAAAACAAAAAUGAACAGCCAUGGCACACGACUUUUGUUGCUGGAAAGGGCUUUGUUGACUUUCCUGAGACCCGAAAGGCCUACAUUGACUCAUAGAGUUCUGUUUAUAUAAAAAGCGUAGCG